AUGUCGUAUUCCAACGGCAGCGGCGGCACUCUUACCCUCCCUUCACCAAACAGUGUCCAUCACGUUGAUGUCACUGCUGCGGUGCGCUCGUUGAGACGCUCCAUCUCCCGUUCACCUUCAAAAUUCAAUCUCGUGAGGGCAGCAUCUCAGAGCUCCGACGGCUCCCUCUCAUCUCCAAAUUCACCGUCGCCUUGUCGCGUCAUUCAACGACCCAUGCCACCAGCGUCUGCUCCUCAUCUGUCGCAUCAAUACUCGCAGUCUAACCUCGCAACACCUUUUCGAGCCGGUGUAAAACUCUCCCUGCGAUCCGGCAAACCGAAGGCCGCAUCUGCCAAACCGAUUUCUCGAGCUCAUCGCGUUUCCCCCAAGAGCCCGAUCAAGCGCGCCUUGAGCAACACGACGGAUUCUGGAAACUCUACCCUCUCGUCUUCACCGCCCGCCGCGGACACGUUGACGGGCCAGGAAAACGACCUCUUUGGCAACGUCCCGAUGACAUUAAGCCCCACGUCACGCAAGAGCUCUGAGAAGCACCACUCGCGCCACUCCAUGCAUCUGGACGUGUCUGGUGCUUCCAAGAACACCUUCCCGCGCCUGUUCGACUUCAAGACGGACUCGAUCCCCUCGAAUUCGAUCAGUCCAUUGAAGCGCAGCGAUGCGGUCAUGAAUCCCGACCAGGCCCAUGUUGACAAUCCGGUUGCGAAGCGGCGUAGUCUGCACGGAAUUUCGAACUUCCCUACGGAGGGCUCUGACAUAUUCGACGUUUCCUCGCCUGCGCCUCAGUGCUUCGAGAUCCACGAAGACCCAAACAAGGAAUACGAGCUGGACAACCAGUCCUUGAUCUUCCGCGACAAUUUGGCCUCGCCGACGCCAGCCGCAAUGCCUCGCCGUUCUGACUCGUUGCGCAAGUCAACUCUCCAGCAACGGCAAGACGACAGAUCGUCUUGGGGACGACGACAGGGCGAAAAGCACCUGGCGCAACUCGGCGCCGAAGCGUCUACUCCAAAUGCCCGGAACAGACCGCGCGUGUCCCUGGACCAAUUCGUACAACCAGCUCUGUCCCGCGACAGCCCAUUUUCUACGCAGCCACCCUUGCCGAACCCGUCACUACACAUGCUAGACCGACAAAAUGCUCCGCCGCAGCCGCAUCCCUUGUCGCGAUCGCUCACAACCUCUUCCUCCAACUCAAGUAUUGCAGACGAGUCUCCUACCCAUAUUCCUGUUCAAUUCGAAAAGCCGAGAGCCCAUGCGUUCGCGAAGUCCCUGCCCCUCGGGGCGCGGCCUGCACACGAUGGCGGCAACAGGAACACAGCGACGCCAGCCUACAAGUCAGCCAGGCCGCUUCAGGAUGCCUUUAAGUCGACGGGGUUGAUUUCGAAGGUGAACCGCAAUCCAGAAAAGGAGCCUUCAUUUGGUGGAUCGAAAGCAGUCAUGCCUGACACCCCAUGCAAGAAGCCGAUCUACCCUUCCAAUACAUACCCGCCCUCAUCCGGCGGCGGCAAGGGGCGCCACCGUCAUUCUUUCGGGUCGCCCUCCAGUCCAUUUGCCCCGGGCCGCAAAGACAACAACUUCGUCCUCGGAGAACCUGAGAAGGUAGCCAGCUUGUUCAGGCCUCUCCAGACAGGCCACACUCGCAAGGGCAGCAUAUUCAACUUCGACUCGGAUAUCGACCCUCAGAGCUUUGCUGAUAUUGAGUUCCCACCCACGCCAACCAAGUCAGUCUUGUUCAGGAGCCUGGGAAAUUCCAGAUCGGUCGGUGCAGUAGGCGAGACCCCUUUUGCGAGGGCCAUGCCAGCUCCAGCCUCUGCUGUUGGCUUCCGUGAUCGUCGCCCAACGCCCGAUCCAAUGUGUAAGUCGGCACCUUUCAACAGAAGCGCAACAGCCACGGGCAAUGCGGAUCAGACGUCCUCCGGGGCAGCCAAUACCAAUGCUGCGCCUGAAGGCGGUCUAUCUUCGCCAUUCUCAGAAUCGUUCCUCUCUUUCGGAGAUUCUCGAGCCCGGCGAGGGUCCCAUCUGACCCCGAAGCCGCUCAAGCUUCGUUCUACCACCCCGACUCUAUCUAGUCAAAAGAAAGUUGAGUUUGCUGAAACAACCUACGUGAUUACAGCAAGCCCAUUGGGCCCUCUGGACAGCCUCAGAGCGAGCUCUCCGAAGACUCCGUGCAGCAACAGCAACCUCAUCCCUCCCGAUCCUAGUUCUCUCUCCAUAUCUAACCAUGAAGCACCGGGUAAUACGACAUUUGGAUCAUUCCCACCGGCAACACCGACCUCGAGACAGGCUGACCACUUUGGCUUUGCUGACCGUCGCAUGAGCAUCACACCUAUCAAUGGCCAAGGCCCAGCCGAUGUUGACAUGGUUCUCAACUCUGUUUUCGACCACGUCGAACUUAUCGGAAAGGGAGAAUUUUCUCAGGUCUUCAAGGCCACAGAGACCAGUGAGCAAAAGACCGCGGCUUCCAUUAGCGGCACUCCUGGCACACCCCCAACGCCGUCGCAAGCACGCGUGUUUGCUGUGAAGAAGACCCGCCUUCCUUUCUUCGGUGCCAAGGAUCGCGAGGCUAAGCUUAGAGAGGUGAACAUAUUGAAGGCCCUUCGAGGAUAUCCCCAUGUCCUACAGUACGUCGACAGCUGGGAGAAGCAAUUCCAUCUUUACAUCCAAACCGAAUAUUGCGAGGAGGGUAGUCUCUCGGAGUUUCUGGGCAAUGUCGGUUCUGCAGGUCGACUGGACGACUUCAGGAUCUGGAAGAUAUUGGUCGAGGCCAGCAUGGGCCUUCAGAGCAUCCACGAGGCUGGUUUUAUUCACCUCGAUUUCAAGCCGGCAAAUGUUCUUAUCAACUAUGAAGGUACCCUCAAGAUCGGGGACUUUGGCUUGGCGACCACUUGGCCAGCAGCUCGUGGCAUCGAAGGUGAAGGAGAUCGACGCUACAUCGCUCCGGAGAUCCUCCAGGGCAAGUACGACAAGCCUGCCGAUGUUUUCGCACUUGGCUUGAUCAUGUUUGAGAUCGCCAGCAACGUCUGGCUUCCUGACAACGGACCUCACUGGCUAGCAUUGCGAGAAGGCAACUUCUCUGCUGUCCCAACGGGUCCUCUGACUGGGAGUGAAGCCGAUGCUCUGGUCCGAGAUGCGACAGGAAUGCCCAUCGUUGGGGAUCUUGACACCACGACUGGUGUCUCUCCGCUCUCUCAAGAGGAGCACACCGCCGGCGAGGCACGCUAUUAUGCAGAUGACAGCCGGCAAAACUUCCCCUUCAACUUCACAACCUCGUCUACCCAUGAUGCCAGCAAUCUGUUUGGCACUCCCAAGCGUGUCGAGCUUGAGCACCCUCCCGAUUUCAUGGUCGACGCGGGACACCUGAACUCGCUCGACAACAUCGUCCAGUGGAUGCUCGCCCCAGAGCCCUCAGAUCGCCCUUCAAUUCAACAGGUGCUCGACGUGGAGUCUGUCAGAUGGGUCACUACUCACCGCCGCGCAGGUGCUACCGUCUUUGAGGGCAACUGGGGACCUCAAGAGGAUUACCAGGACGACAACCUGAGCGAUACGGUGAUGACGGAUGCCUAG